AGCCGAGAACGAGGCGCGCUGACGUCACUGAACCCAACACACGCACGAGCAGCAACAGCUUGCAAGGAUCUAGGAUACCCUGGAGGCUGCGACCGCAGCAUCUUCCUUAUUGUAACGGUAAGCCUGCCUAAGCACUGUGGCAGACUGCUUUGCACACAAAUCCUGAGCUUCUUACAAACAAGAAGCCAUUUUUGGGUUGUAUAAUUAUUCUGCACCGUAUAAUAGCUUAGAGCCUGACGACAACAGUGAUUGCUGCUGCUGUGCAGAUCAGCUGCCCUCUCCCCCUCCGGCAGCAUCCCUCGCACUGUGAGUAGUAAUUGAACGUGCCCCCUCCUGGUGAGCUGCAGAGAUGGCUUCUGCCUCCUCCUCCUCUAACGUGGAAGAAGAAGAUGAGAGCCUAAAGGGAUGCGAACAGUAUGUGCAAAAACACAACAUCCAACAGCUGCUGAAAGAGUGCAUUGUGAACCUGUGCAUAGCAAAACCAGACCGCCCCAUGAAAUUCCUUCGAGAGUACUUUGAAAAACUGGAGAAGGAAGAAUGCAAACAGAUUUUGGCUCGUCAGAAAUCCAACUCUCAGUCAGACUCUCAUGAUGAUGAGAUCUCACCGCCACCGCCAAAUCCUGUUGUGAAGGCUCGUUGCAGGAGAGGAGGUGUCAGUGCUGAAGUGUAUACAGAGGAAGAUGCUGUCUCUUACGUGAGAAAGGUUAUACCAAAGGAUUAUAAGACUAUGACUGCUUUGGCAAAGGCUAUCUCCAAAAAUGUACUUUUUGCUCAUCUGGAUGACAAUGAAAGAAGCGACAUAUUUGAUGCCAUGUUUCCUGUUAUGCAUAUUGCUGGAGAGACGGUCAUUCAACAAGGUGACGAAGGAGAUAACUUCUAUGUUAUCGACCAGGGUGAAGUUGAUGUGUAUGUCAAUGGAGAAUGGGUUACCAGCAUUGGAGAAGGAGGCAGCUUUGGGGAGCUUGCUUUGAUCUAUGGCACACCGAGAGCUGCAACUGUCAAGGCCAAGACGGAUCUCAAACUAUGGGGAAUCGACAGAGACAGUUACAGGCGGAUUCUCAUGGGCAGUACACUGAGAAAACGGAAGAUGUAUGAGGAAUUCUUGAGCAAGGUCUCCAUUUUGGAAUCUCUGGACAAGUGGGAGCGACUGACUGUGGCCGAUGCCCUGGAACCUGUUCAGUUUGAAGAUGGGGAGAAGAUAGUCGUGCAGGGUGAACCGGGCGAUGACUUUUUCAUCAUCACAGAGGGUACAGCUUCAGUUUUGCAGCGCAGAUCUGACAAUGAAGAGUAUGUGGAAGUUGGAAGACUUGGUCCCUCAGACUACUUUGGUGAAAUUGCUUUGCUGCUGAAUCGACCACGAGCUGCAACAGUGGUUGCUCGUGGUCCCCUGAAAUGUGUCAAGUUGGAUCGGCCUCGCUUUGAACGUGUACUUGGUCCUUGCUCUGAAAUCCUCAAAAGGAACAUUCAAAGAUACAACAGUUUCAUUUCCCUUACAGUUUAAAGAACUCCCAGCUGGAUCUGCUGCCUUUGUGUUACGUUGUGCACUUAAAUUUGACCUGUGCAGUCCCGUAGCUUUAUGAAACUGAGUUGUGUAAUAUAUGUGAAUUUUCAUGUAAUUAUUGUCAGAUGCACUGGAGGAUAUAUAUAUUUCAAGAAUGUUGAAACUUGGAAGCAGGUAGCCAGCACUUGGUUGGGACUAGCCAUUUUUAACACCUUUGUGAAAUACCUAGCUUUGCAAAGUUACGGGUUUAAUUAAAUCUUUUAGAACCACUAACUAACACCAUGAAUCACAAAAUAACAUGUUUGUUAUCCAUUUAUUAAACUCUUCUUGUGUAAGAAAACAAGUAUGUUUUUUAAAAAUAUAUAUUUUGAUCACUUCUGGGUAUAUCUGAUUGUAAUCCACAUAUUUAUUUCUGCACAACCUACUUAAAUCUAGUCUUAGUUGCAUUGCUGUGUGUAUUUUCAGUAAAUUGCAAAUGCCCAAUUACUUUGGACUAGAAGAAUCCUCUGAAACCAUGACUGAGAAUACGUUUAUACGUAAGGUAAUUAACUGGAUUCAUUUCAAUUAUUGAAGAUAAAGUGGCCCAUUGAACUAUUGAGUCAAGCUUUAUUUAAGCACAGAUUCUGCUUAUACGCAUAUUUUUGGGUGAAAAUUUAAGAUUGUGUUUCAUAAUUUCUUUUGUCUGUACAUUAAUGAAUGAUAGUCAGUGCUGCCAGAAGUCUCUGACCCUCUGUAAGCAUAAUACAAUGGUACGUUUAGCAUCCUUUUUUAUACUGUCACCUAGUUAUGCAGCUUCUGUGUGAAAAAUCUAGAAUUACAGCUUGAAAGCCUGAACUAAAGCAUGUCAGCUAGACAGGCUGUCAUUCCGUCACUUUUGCACUGCUCCUGUCUUGCUGAAAUAUUUUUGAACUCUAAUCCACAUGGGUGGGUAAGCAAAGUAUAUUUGCUUUUGUACAGGACUGAACUAGUUAAAAUAUUUGGUCAACAGCUGAGAUAUAUUUAGAUAUAUCAGAACUUCAGGAUAAUCAGGUUGCAUUCAUUUUAUAUUACUGCUGUUGGAAAUGUUGCCUUUGUGCUCUAAAAGCUAAUAAAGAUGCUCUAUACACA